UUAUGGCUCAUUAAACGAGGUUUAACUUAACCCUUCUCCUUUUCUGGUUUGAUUUCUUCUCUUUCUUUCUUUUUGCCCUGACUCCAUUCUCUCAUUUGUCCUUCAACGUUCCAUCAUCUCAGUCUCAGAACAGAACACAAAAGAGUGAAAGGACGCUUGCAUUAUUAUCAUACUUAAUAUAUGCUGUCAUUCAACUACUGAACUCCCCUUGUGCUGCCUCUGUUAUAUAUACGUAUAUAUAAAAGAUAAAUUAUUUAUCAAACCUUUUAAAUAUUUGGUCAUCCAUCUUUUGCUUUGAAAAUUGUCAUCUUUCUAAACAUUGUCUCUCUCUCGCUCUAAAAAAUGGGAUUUGUUCUCAGCUUCAUGUUUUGCCAGAAGCUUCCUUCUCUCUUCUGUUUCCUUUUCGUUCUUUUGAUCAUUUCCUCAACACAGAUGGGAUUCAAGGCUGAAGCAGGAAGAGUAAAUCUCAAAUCUUUUGACUCCUCUCAGUCUGGACAGAGAGUGGAGGACGAUAAGGCUUUUCUGGGUGCACAAAUAGGGUCAAGGCCACCAAAAUGUGACAUAAAGUGUCGCUCAUGUGGGCACUGUGAAGCCAUUCAGGUGCCUGCAAGUCCUGCACAAAAUGGGAAGAAGAACUCUUCAACAGUAGCCUACAAUGUCGCCAAUGCAAGAGGAGAUGACACCACUAAUUACAAACCCAUGAGUUGGAAGUGCAAGUGUGGCAAAUACAUCUUCAAUCCAUGAUCACUAUCUACAAAAAUUUUCAACUAGCUAGGUAAACAAUAUCCCAUUCUUUUGGAAAAUAUUAAGUCAGAAUUUUUUUUUUCUCUUUUCGUGGUUUAUAUAUAUGUGUGUGUAGGAGUAGCACUCUUCUCAGGCCUACACUCCAUAGUCCAUCCAGGCUUCCUUCUUUUCUUCCUUUCUCUACUUACGGAUACAUAUCAUCACUAAAGUUCUGUAAUAUUUUGGUUACUGACCA